GUGUCUGGUUGAUCGAGACUAUUUGGAAAGUGCACGUGUGUAUGUUUACCCCAUUAACCGGCAUCAAUGCUAAGGUGGUUUCGAUAAACACUCAAGAGACGUGAAGAUAUCAGGAUGGCCCAAUUAAGCGAAGCGCAAUUGAAGGAAAUCCAGGAACUAGAACUAGUUAUUUCUCAAGAUAUGUUUCAAAGGGCAUCAAAUGUGUGUUUGAAGAAAUGUAUACCACCAAAUGGCAACAUCACAGAACUGAGCAAAAAUGAAGCUGUGUGCAUUGACAAAUGUAUAGCAAAAUACUUGGAAAUCCAGGAAGUGAGUAGCAAAAAACUAGCUUCUCUACAACAGGAAGAAAUGGCAAAAUAUGAAGCAAUCAAUCAAGCUGGACAAGCACCAAAGUGAUGAUAGUCUGUGUGGAAAUUAGGAAAUCAGAAAACAUUUUUGUCAACGGUACAAGAGAGGUCUCGCUUUGUACUGGCAAACUGUCAGUAUGGUUGCCAUAGUACAAUCAAAGGUAUACCACAGGGAUUGCCACUUGCCUAGUGGAAGGUGACGUUCAGGGAGAGAAAAUUCUCAAUUCUAGAACAAUGACAUUAAGGAUGAAAAUUAUUGAUGUUAUUAAAACUUUAUGAAUUGUGAAUUUAACUUUACCUGAUUGGUACAAACUUUUUAAAUGAAAUUUUAUAUUUUAGAGAGAAAACAACUUACUGGUAUCAUAUUUAUAUUGCAUUUAUAAAAGGGAACAACGUAAUGACAUCUGAUUGGACGAAAGGAGUGGGCUUAUAACAAGCCUGUGAAAUUGUAUUUGUUGGUGUUUUGUAUUAAACUGCGAUAAAGGUGUGUUAUCUAUCGUCAGAAAAAUAUCAAAUUUUUUAUUAAUAAUUAAGCAGUUUUAAUUACAGUAAGGAAAUGUGUAAUUGAGUUGCAGAUUGAAUGCUGAUGAACACAGGAACUUUGCAUAAAUUAUGUACUGUAUGUGUUCAUGUAUUAUAUGGACUUUGAAUUGUGAAUUUGUGACAUGUACCUGUGUUGAUGAUGAUCAAGAUCUGCUUCCGGCCCCUCUUAAUUUUAGUCACUACAUGUGCUGAGGUUUAGAUCGUGAUGUUAGAAUUGUUUCUACUUGAACCAGUGAGCAAGCAACAAUUCAAGGAUGAUGGAAACAUGACCUCAACUUCUGAAGAGCUGGAAAUAUUAACCUUAACAUAACUGGGUGAAUGUUUUAUGGUUGAAAUACACAACACCCUAUAAAUAUUCAACCCCUCUAACUACUAUCCAAAACAGCAUACACGUAAAUUUACAAAAUUUACAGUAAACUGUAUUAUGAAAUUAUCUAGCCUAUUUUACAAGCUUGACUAUGCAUAUACAUGUAGAUAGAUAUUAUCUAAAUUAGAUAUACAUACUAGUAUAUGAAAUAUUAUGGAAGAUAAACAUUUUAUAUUACACUGGUCCAAUGUUCACUGUAUAAAAGGGAAUGCUAAUUAUGCAUUUAACAUUGAUGUUUAAAGGUAAUUCCAUGUUAUGAUUCUUAAGUAUAUCAUGUUUUGAUAAAUAUAUGGCAUGGCUUAAGUUAUCUAAAUCUAUUUCAUCAAAUUAUUUUGGCUUUAACUUGAAUGAAAGUUUCAUAAAAUUUUGAUUUGAACAACUGCCAUUUCUUGAUUCAUUAUGCAAACUAUUUUAUUAAAUGAUGGUGUGCUGUCGUGAUAGUUCACUCAGAAGAUGACAAAUAUUUAAUAAAUAAACGACUUUCAAUCUUUGAA